AUGGGGCCAAUACACAUUGGAGACCAGCAAACUGAGCAUUGCGCCAAUGAAUGUGAUGCAAUUAUUGACUCGGGCCAUUCGUUAGUCAAAGGUCCACCGUCUAUGAUUAACGACAUCAAUAAAGCUAUUGGAGCGGACAUCGUUACAAGAUCAGUGCAUUGCGGUAAAAUUUCCUCGAUGCCCACAAUCUCCUUUACUAUCAAUGGUAGAACCUUCCCUAUCUCCCCAAAAGAUUAUAUAGAGAUACCUACAAUUGGAGACGACUUGAAACAACCCAACCCUUUUUUUUAA